AUGCCCCAUGGAAAGAAUGAACAUGUUCAUUCUCGAUGGGACUCCAUGGGACUCCGUGGGAUUUUGCCCCAUCGAGUCCCACCGAGUCCAACGUGGGACUUCAUGGGACCUCAUGUGACCUCGUCGGACUCGAUGGGGCAAAAUCCCACGGAGUCCCAUGGAGUCCCACUGACUUCAUGGGGCAAAAUCCCAAAAGGUCCCACGAGGUCCCACGCAAUGUUAAGUCUAUGGAGGUCCCAACUUGCCCCAUUGGUGUAUACCGGGCUUUACGACACGAAAUACGCAAACGUUGUUGCAAUCCCUGAUAAAACAGCGCGGAGAGUUGCUGAAGCCAUCCUCGGUGGCAACUGGGAAUUGUGGACUAACUGGGGAGAGUGUAAUAAAACAUGUGGGGCUGAUGGAGUCAGGAAUAGAACUAGAACAUGCAAAGAUCCAUCAUCAGAACAAGGAAGGAAAGCGUGUCCAGGCUCAAAAGUGCAAUACGAAACAUGCACACUACCGGACUGUAGCAAAGAACUAGAUUUGGGAGAGGCAUGUCUACCCGGGUAUAGCUGUAGCGACCCCAAUGCUGAAUGCAAAGAUGUUGGAGACGGAGUAAAAUGUGCAUGCAAAGCGUCAUUCAUUCAGAAACGAUUCCAUAACGUACUAGCAUGCACAGAAGCUACAACACAAACCACGUCAGUCAUUGUGUUAGGAGGUGGUAUAGCUGGCGUUAUGGCUGCAAAGACCCUCUACGAAGCAGGUGUUACAGAUAUUAUCCUAGUAGAAGCUCAGUCACAGCUAGGGGGUAGGAUAUCUCACAUUGAUUGGAACGGUUAUACCAUAGAAAAGGGCGCGUCUUGGAUACAAGGCUUGGAUGGAAAUCCGAUUUGGGAUCUUGCUCAAAAGUUUGGUUUAAGUGGAAUGCACUCAGCCCUCACAAACAGAACUGUACGAGAUGCAAAUGGAAAUGAUGUCACUGAAGAAGUUGAUCUUUCAAACAAAAGGUUGGCGCCAGCACAGGAAUUUGAAGAUGAACUGGCUAUAAAGAAACUCCAAAGCAACGGCAGUGACAUCAGUAAAAUGGUAGCACUUCGACUUGGUGGUUGGACAGCAAAAUCAAAUAUUGAUAACGCUUUACAAUAUUUUACAUACGACUUUGAAUAUGCAGAAAAUAUCGACACACUUUCCCUUAAAUACGGCGUAUUAUUCAGUUAUUGGGACUUCGAGGAUGGCGACUUUCGAGUUGUUGAUCCCCGAGGUUACCGCCAUAUAGUUCAAGCCACGGCUGCUGAUUUUCUUAACGAAACAAAUACCAUGCUUAAUGAAACUGUGUCCAAAGUUGAGACAUUGAAAAACCGGGUUAGGAUCACACUUGACACUGGAGUAAAAAUUGAAGCGGCGUAUGCAAUUAUGACAUUUAGCCUCGGAGUUCUCCAGCAUGAGAAAGUAACAUUCGAACCACCAUUUUCAUAUGAAAAGAAAGAAGCCAUUAAUGCUUUCAAAAUGUCUCACUUCACAAGAAUUGUCCUGAAAUUCCCCUAUGCGUUUUGGGAUGAAACGGAAUACGUAUUCUUUGCUGCAAAAAGACCAGGAUAUUACGUACUCUGGGACAACCUAAACAACGCCAGAAUACAUCCGGGUUCGAAUAUUCUUAUGUCCACCCUUACUGGGGAUGAGGCAAGACGUAUUGCUUCCCUGACAGAGGCAGAAAUCGUGGCUGAAAGCAUGGGCGUUCUACGGUCGAUGUAUGGCGCGAAUAUUCCAGACCCAAUAUCCGUAUUGGUCAAUACGUGGUUAGACAAUCCUCUUACGAUGGGUUCCUAUAGCAACUGGCCAAUAGGAUUUGACGAAGACGAUCAUGAUGUUAUGACGGCACCGAUUGGAAAUUUGCAUUUCGCUGGAGAGCAUACAAACGGACGUUACUAUGGUUACACACAUGGUGCAUAUAUGUCUGGGGUAGAUGCUGCAACUAACGUCGUUAAUUGUAUGAACUACGGUUGUUGAUAAUUUUGUUGGUGCAUAUGAAUUAAUCUUUAUAAACCAUGAUCAUUAUUACCUAUUCCGAUAGUGAACGAAAUGGUCAACAUCUAUCAGAUUUCAUG